UCUGCGAGCAGGAGAGGGAGGGUCAACAUGGCGUCUGAACAGGAGAGCUCCAACGGGCCCGUGAAGAAGUCCAUGCGCGAGAAAGCUAUAGAAAGACGCGGCAUCAACAAAGAGCACAACAGUAACUUUAAAGCGGGUUAUGUGCCCAUAGAAGAAGAGCGUCUUCAUAAGACAGGCUUAAGAGGACGCAAGGGAAACAUGGCUGUUUGCAUUGUUGUCCUCCUCUUCCUCCUCGCCUUAAUCAACCUCAUUAUCACUCUGGUUAUAUGGACAGUGAUCCGAAUCGGCCCCAAUGGGUGCGACAGUAUGGAGUUCCAUGAAACCGGCCUGCUGCGCUUCAAACAGAAGGCGGACAUGGGCAUCGUUCACCCUCUACACAAGAGCACAGUAGGAGGCCGUAAAGACCAGGACCUUGUCCUUGUCGGCAACAAUAAUCCGGUUGUGUUCCAGCAAGGCAGCACUAAGCUGAGCGUAGAGAAGGACAAGACCUCUGUUGUCAGUGACGUUGGUAUAUCCUUCACAGACCCGCGCACACAGACCACAUUUUUCAGCACAGAUUUUGAAAACCACGAGUUUCAUUUGCCCAAAGGAGUCAAAGUUCUCAGUGUCAAAAAGGCCUCCACAGAAAGGAUCACCAGUAGUGCAGCAUCUGACCUGAACAUUAAAGGGGACAGCAAGGCCAUCAUUCGUGGAAAUGAGGGCGUUAACAUCAUGGGCCGCACUGUAGAGUUCAAAAUGGGUGGCGGCAUCGAGCUCAGGGCUGAGAACAGCAUCGUCCUCAACGGAUCAGUCAUGUUCAAUGCCACACGCAUCCCUAAUUCGGCGGGAGACGUGUAUUUCGAUGAGGGCAUGGAGCGGUACAAGCUCUGCAUGUGUGCAGAUGGGACUCUGUUCCGCGUGCAGGUGAAAUAUCCCAACAUGGGCUGCCAGACUUCAGAUAACCCGUGUAAGAAAGCUCACUAGGAGACUUGACUGGAGUCUGCUCUUACAUCUCCCUACAGUCUGUCACCACUGAAGUCAGAUUACACAUUUACAUAUAUAUAGAAAAUUCUAUCGGACAUUCAUCAUGACUUGCACAUGAUAAUACCUCUGCAGUCCACCAGACAAAUUCUGUAUUUCUUAUUUCAUUUGCCAAACAGGAAUUGUGUUACAGAUCAUUGCCACUUGGCCAAAGAUAGGAUUAUACUUGUAAGUGCUGAAGUAUUUUUAUUGUUCUACAGGUGUGCCAACUUUAUCUAAAAUCUGUAAUGCCAUAUCAGUGCAGAACACUCCUAGAUUUAACAUAAUGCUGUCUUUUACGUUGAGAACUACACACUACAGUAUUUACUUUUUGCCUUACCGUCCAGUAUUACUAAUAUACAAACCUUAUAGAGGGGUUGUAUAAGAGUUUAUUUGCUCAUUUUUUCUGGCAGCUUUGUUUGAUAUUUUCUUAAUUAUAUUCAUUGACAAGCGUGAGACACUACAUGAUUAUUAUAGUAAUUUAUGUAACUUUAAAUUGGGAAUAGACUGCAAAACAAAAUCUACAUUUUAAGCCAUCCAGUAAAGCAGAGUAGGUCUCGGACUGUCUAUAAUGCACGUGCCAAUGGAUUUACAAGGGAUGAUAUAGAAUAUGUAAUGUAUAUGUAAUAUUCUAAUUUUGCUGCAAAACCUUUUUUAUGGCAAAAUAAUACAAUAUUGAGAAACUGAAGUGUGCACUAAGUUAUGCUACAGAUUAAUGCAAAUCUCUUUAAAUGCUGAAUGUCAGGAAAGUUUAAAUCAGUAGUUUGGUUUGAAACCUAUAUUUAGUGGUUUGAAUUUUGUGCAAUAUAUAGUAUAAAAGAUUUCAUGUUUUGCUUUGGAUUGUCUUGUCUGUUUUAUAAUGUUGAGAAACGUCAUUAAGUUGUUUUUCGGAGCAUUACAGACCUAAUGUCUGUCGUAAGAAAACAGUGUUUUUGAUCAACUAAAUGAAAAAAAAAAAGGCAAUUAGCCUUAUUAGACAAAUUGUCCAUCAUUUCAUUGCUAUGUUUGUUUCAAUAAAGAAACAUGUUGCUCUGUGAAA